AUGCUAUGUCUCUUUUUCUCUGUUUACAUUAUGACAGGAUACAGGGAUGAUAUUAAGCACACUCUUCCCUCUUCUAUGCUAUGUCUCUUUUCUCUCUUACAUUAUGACAGGAUAGGGGAUGAUAUUAAACACACUCUUCCCUCUUUAUGCUAUGUCUCUUUCUCUGUUUACAUAAUGACAGGAUACAGGGAUGAUAUUAAGCACACUCUUCCCUCUUCUAUGCUAUGUCUCUUUUUCUCUGUUUACAUAAUGACAGGAUACAGGGAUGAUAUUAAGCACACUCUUCCCUCUUCUAUGCUAUGUCUCUUUUUCUCUGUUUACAUAAUGAGAGGAUACAGGGAUGAUAUUAAGCACACUCUUCCCUCUUCUAUGCAAUGUCUCUUUUUCUCUGCUUACAUUAUGACAGGAUACAGGGAUGAUAUUAAGCACACUCUUCCCUCUUCUAUGCUAUGUCUCUUUUUCUCUGUUUACAUAAUGACAGGAUACAGGGAUGAUAUUAAGCACACUCUCUUCCCUCUUCUAUGCUAUGUCUCUUUUUCUCUGUUUACAUAA